GUUAUCCAAGCUGGGUGGAGCCUCCUUAUCACUCCUUGCUGUCACUCUCUGGCUGUCAGUCAGUCAGACCAUGGAGGCAACGGCACACACAGCUUUUCAAAUGACAGUGGGUGAACAUUUGACCAUGUAAAAUUGUUCAAACAUUGCUGGCACCUAUGCCACGUUUGAGGCUGCUGUCAAUCAUGACUCUACGGUCCUGAUGCCAAAUCCAAGCCAAAAGCUUGGAGAUUUCAUUUUAGGCACAACCAGAGGCCAAAGACGACUGAAACUGGUCAACUUCGAGAUCCUGGAAAACCACAUUUUCCAUGAGACCCAGGGGCUCAGUGACAAAUACCUGGUGGUCCGGCGAGGGAAGCCGUUCAAAAUUACUCUGGUGUUUAAUGGACAGAUGUGGAACCCAAAAGCAGAGUGUCUGACCCUGCAGGUUUUACUAGGUGAAAUGUCAACAAGGAUGUUGGUCGAUUUCGCCGACAAGUGGUCGGACCCCCACAGCUGGUCAGCACAAAUCUACCCAGGCAAUGUUGGUCACCGUGUGGUCACCGUCCACGUCUGUGCCCCUGUGCUGUCCUCUGUGGCACAGUACCAGCUCAUGGUCCACAUUGUGGGAUCAUACGAGCGAAGCAGCUACCUCGCGGGACAGUUUGCGUUGCUCUGCAACCCUUGGCUGAAGGAGGAUCCUGUGUACAUCCCACUGGAUGCGCAACGACAGGAGUAUGUCAAGAGUGAUUAUGGUGUGAUCUACAAGGGCACAGACCUCAACUUUAGUCAGCAGCCCUGGUCCUUUGGUCAGUAUGAGCCUGGUAUCCUUGAGGCCUGUCUUCAGCUGUUGCAAGUUAGCCCACAGCACCUCGGCAACAGUCACAAAGACUACGUUUUACGAGCAAACCCGGCCUACCUGAGCAGGAUCAUCUGUGCAAUGGUGAACUCCAGUGAUGACAUGGGUCUUUUGGAAGGGAGGUGGAAGGGCAGCUACAAAGACGGUGUCAACCCAACGGAGUGGAGCGGCAGCGCGGACAUCCUUCACCGCUGGAUGGCAUCCAAAGGCAACGCUGUGCGUUAUGGACAGUGUUGGGUUUUUGCAUCUGUCCUCUGCACAGUGAUGCGAGUGCUGGGGAUUCCCUCUAGGGUGGUGACUGUGUUUAACGCCGCCCACGAUUGCGAUGGAAAUCUAAUCACUGAAGAGUUUUACUCAAGCACUGGGAAGAGGCUUGGGCUGUCAAAAGACAGUGUUUGGAACUUUCAUGUGUGGGUGGAAUGCUGGAUGAGGAGGCCGGACAUUGGUGCCAAAUAUGACGGCUGGCAGGUGGUGGACCCAACCCCGCAGGAAAAGAGUGCAGGCGUAUACCGCUGCGGUCCUUGUCCAGUGGCUGCCAUCAGGAGGCGUUGCCUGAGGAUCCCGUAUGACUCUGCCUUCAUUUACGCCUCCGUUGAUGCGGACAUUGUACGCAUGAUCGUGCGGUCUGGUAAGGUGGUGGCGAAGAAGGUGGACACCAAGUGGGUGGGGCGCUUGAUCUUUACCAAAAGCAUCGGCUCAGAUGCUCCCGAGGAUCUGACGGAUUCUUAUAAGAGGAAGAAAAAAGACCAAACACACCGAGUGGGAGACUCAGGACUUUCUGACCCUACAAUGAAUCGACUUGGCAAUAACAGAAAUGGACUUUCUGACCCUACAAUGAAUCGACUUGGCAAUAACAGAAAUGUAUACUGUGCCUCACCUUCAUUCGUGCUUGGUCCACCCAGAGAAGACGGGUCCAGCUUGGACGUGACCUUGACCGUAGAUGGAGAGCCGACUGUGGGCAAGAGCAUCAACCUGACAGUGACAGUCACAAACCCAUCAAACGGGAAACGGGUCCUGAGGGAGCACUUGAAUGCUCAGCUGAAAGAAUUCAACUGUUGCCCAGAGAAAAACUUCUGGGAGAGCCACCAAGAAGUGUUCAUUCAGCCAUUUCAAGAUGUGACACGCCACCAUUCCAUCCCGCCCUCCGAGUACGAGGAGUUCCUCACAGGCGACGACAUUGUGAAGGUGGCCGUGGUGAUCAAGGAUUUAAAGACAAAAGAGAGGGUCCUGGCUACACAAGACUUCAACCUCAGCUUACCAAAAAUAAGCAUAGAGGUUGAGGGUGGGGACAGCAUCCAUGUGAAGAAGGAGCACAUAGCCAUUGUGACCUUCACCAACAAGCUCAACAAAAGUCUGAGUGGCGCUGUUCUCACCGUGGAGGGCUAUGGAUUAUUGCACGGCAAACAAGAGGCCAGGCUGACCAUCCUACAUUCAGACGAGAAGAUAGUGAAGAAAGUUACUAUCAUGGCCUCCACCUCAGGCACAAAGAUCUUGAACGCCUCAUUCUCACAUAACGGCAGCUCCACCGCUAUUUCGAGAAGCUACCGCAAAGUGUCCGUCAUUGCAUGAUGACAAUGAAAAAUCAGUGAAACUUUGGAAAGUUUCCAUUUUUGUUUCAUUGUCACUUAAAGUAUCAGAUUCUUAACUACACUGACUGGUCACAAAAUUAGGCACACCUGCACAUUGUAACGAGAGCAUAUAGAUGAGCGGGAUUAAAAAGUGAACUUUACAAGUA